AUGCUUCACUUGCAAGGAGCCCAAACACUGCAAAUGCUGGAGAAAUCGUUGAGGAAGAGCCUUCCUGAAUCCCUAAAGGUUUAUGGAACUGUCUUCCACAUGAACCAGGGAAACCCAUUUAAGCUCAAGGCCUUAGUGGACAAGUGGCCAGACUUUAAUACAGUGGUCACACGCCCUGAGGAACAGGAGAUGACGGAUGACCUUGAUCACUACAUCAACACUUACCAAGUCUACUUCAAGGAUUUGGAGAACUGUCUGGACUGCCUCAGCUCACCGGAAGUCAUCAACUGGAAGCAGCAUUUGCAAAUCCAAAGUUCACAGUCCAGCCUGAAUGACGUGCUACAAAGGCUUGCAGCCAGUAAACACUUCAAGACGGAACAGACGCGGUGCAUUCUCUAUCUUUCACUUGAGACAGCAAAGAAACUUGUUCCUUCCUUGCUGGAUGCAAAGACUUUAUCAUCCACAUGUGGCACACCCAAGGCCAUCAACCAAGAAGUAUUCAGACUCUCAUCCCUGCAUGUCAGCCAUGCCUCCUUGGUGAAUAAACUUUGGCAUUUUGGUGGCAAUGAGAGAAGCCAGAGAUUCAUUGAACGCUGUAUCAAGGCCUUCCCCAGCACCUGUCUCCUGGGGCCUGAGGGGACCCCUGUGUCCUGGAACUUGAUGGAUCAGACUGGAGAGAUGAGAAUGGCAACAACUGUGCCUGAGUAUUGGGGCCAUGGUCUCAUCUCACAUGUCCUCCAUUACCAGAUCCAGACUGUGGAAAAUCUUGGCUUCCCCAGUUAUGGUCACACACAGAAGAGCAACACAGUGAUGCAAAAUAUAAGCCAUAUUCUGCAGCUUGUUCGCUUGCCCUGUGACUGGAACCAGUGGAGCUGUGUGCCUCUGUGA